AUGCGAUCCCUUCCAGCCUUGAGUAGGGGGCGGGGUGGGGGAGGAGUGGACACCUUUGGGGGAGUGGCCUUGCAAGACACAGCCAAAGCGCCUGAGGCCAUCGGGGGCGGUGCCAGGUCGAAGCUCCACAGCGCCGCCCGCAGGCCAGACGCGCACGGCGAGGGACCUAGGGGAAGCCAAGGGCGGGGCGAAACAAAGCCCCCGGAGGGGAGGGGAGGUGUCCAAGCGUUGUCCUGGCAACGCGUGCGGGCCCUGGCCCCGGAUUGGCUGCGGCGGCGGGCGGCGCGGUGCCUCCUGGGAGCGCGCUCCCGCCGUGGCGGCAGCGCCGGUUUGAACUUGGCGGCGACCGGGAUCUCGGCCUCAGCGGCGGGUUCCGUUCGGCCUCCCCUCCCCCUCCCCCGCCCGGCCCCGGCCAUGAACAGUGAGGAGAUCGCGCAGCCGCCGCCGCGCAGGCAGGGGGAGGCCCCCGGCGGCUUCAGCUCUGACCCGCCGUCGUCGGCGCGGCCCGCCUCGAGCCCGGCGUCCGCCUCUCUGCUGUCCGUGCUGCAGAGCGACGGCGACGGCGCCGAGGAGCGGCGGAAGCGCCGGGGGCGGAGGCAGCACCGAGCGGAGCGCGCCAGCCGGGACUGGGACGAGGUGGAGGCCGAAGCCAGCGGCGAAGCGCCGCCGGAGCCCGUGAAGCCGGAGCGCAGCGGGGCGGAGGAGAAAGCACCGCCACCCCCCGUGGCGGAAGAGAAGGCCGACCCGAGGGGGAGGGCCGCGGCCCUGGAAGGAGGGGAGACCUCCGGGCGCGCCAGAAUUAAAGAAAGAGAAAAUUCAGAAAAAGAACAUCAGUGGCUUGUAUUAGAGGCAAGUCUGACACCAUGGGAAGAGUGGUUUGUUUGCAAAGAAAAAGAGCAACGUGCUCGUCUACAAAACAGAGCCUUGGAGGAACUAAGUCUACAACAAGAGAAAAGAAAAGAAGUAGAAGAGCGCGAAAAAAGAAAAAAAUAUGCGGAGGAAAAACACAAGGAAUGGCUUCACAAAAAGAAUGAACAGGAAAGAAAAGAAAGGGAAAAGAAGCUUAAUAAAGAAAUGGAAGAAAAAGCAGCAAAGGACCUAGAGAAAGAGCAUUUGCAAGAAAAAGCUAAAGAAAAAUAUAAAGAAUGGUUAAGGAAAAAAAUGGCUGAAGAACAUGAGAGGAAAAAAAAGGAAAAGGAAAAAGAAAAGCAGAGGCUUGCUGAACAACAGGAAAAAAAAGAAAUCUCUGAAAAGAAGUUUAAGGAAUGGCUGCAAAAUGUGAAAAACAAACCUCGUCUCAUUCCAAGGAGCUAUGGUUAUGCCAAUGGGAAACUGACAGGUUACUACAAUGGAAUUGCCUGCCCACCGCCAAGCUUUUAUAAUCCAAUCCCAUGGAAGCCUAUUUACAUUCCCCCGCCUAAGGAAUCAAAGACUGCUAUUACUGUGAAGAAGAGCAAAAGACCUGUGUCCAUUCAGCCUUACAGGUCCUCACCUUUGGUUUUUCAUAAAAACAAGGGCAAUCUUUGCCUUGGAACUCUGUGUAGAAUACAAAGAUAGUAUAUGUACCAAAUAGCCUAAAUGCUAAAAUACCCUCUUUAAAAAAAAAACAAACAAACUAGAACUAUUUUUGUUACUCAGUGUUAGCUCAGUAUUUUGUGUGAUGAUUUACCAGUUAUCAUUUUUGUAAUUGUCAAUAGGAACUUUCAAGUUAAUUAAGGGAGAUAUUCGCACAUUUUUUUUUUAUAAAUGUUUCAAAGUUGUGUGUUUGUAAAAUUAGCACCCAUACAAUUAAGAAAGAUGUUUGUAUUUAACUUUGUCUAUAACUAUUCUGUAACACCAAUAAAAUCAAAGAUUGUUCUUGUGUUCUUCCACAAUGUAUGUCCACAAUGUAUGUUUUAGGAUUAUGUGUAGCAAUGUGAUUAGAAUAAAUCUUGUAAUAAAUCAUUGUAAACUGCUUAUUCCAAGUAACCCUUAGAAGAAUCUUUAUAGGAUGGCAUUUUAUGGGAAUUAGAAACUAGAGUUGCUGGUGUUUUUACUAUUUCCUGCAAAAAUUGUGUUUGAAAAAACAGACCACCAACCAGCAUUUAGUAUUGUCUUGAAAACAGAGAUGAGAAUCCUGAGUUUUGUGAAGAGAGGCAAUUCACAGUAGUGAGGACAGUUAUUUAGUUUUGGACAUCAGAUAAUACUUUGGAAAAAAAUGGUCAGUUGAUGGUAAUUUAUAUUUAAAUUCUGCUGAAAUAGUGUUUGUCUCCUAACAUGGUAUUAUUUUAAAAAAUCUACUCCCUCAAAAGCUGUGUCCCAGAAUCAUGCAUUUUUACUGUUUAAAGGAAGUAAAUACAGAUCUUUUUUGCAAAAUCUGAUAUCACCAAUCUUAUUGAUAAAUAAAUUGAAACCAACAGUAGGGUCAAAUGAUGAUUUUAGAAAACAACCUGGUUUUAUUAAAAUGUAAAACUUGUAA